AACAGAGGCUAUUAUUUGGUACACCCAACUGGGUGUCCUCAGGAGAUUAAGGUUCACAGAUCAAACACCAGAGUGCGACAAUGUUGGCAAGAUGAAAAAUGGCACUUGAUCGGAAAGGGAUCUGGUACGUGUGCAAAACCUGACCAGCUUUCUGCUCAAAAACCUUGUAAAAAGGUGAGCCUGGUCUUAAGUGCUAGGAAUGGUUGUCAUGUUAGAGACGGAGAUUUAGCUGCUCAGGGAAACAUUAAAAGGCAGAAGUCUCAUUCUAGCUCUUUGAUGUCGCUGAAAAGGGUGUCAGACGAAUCAUCUAGAAACAUUCAGGAGGUAGUGGCAGCUGAGAGAGGUUUUAAGAGACAAAGAAUAGUUCCGGCUUCCUUAGGGGGCAAGACCCAUGUUAUUGCCAAGUGCAAAGGAAAUAUCAUGGAUGAAAAGUAUGUGGGUGCUUCGUUUAACAACUGGUCUGAUGAAUAUUACGGAUUGAAGCCUACAAAAAGAAGUGGUGCCAAUGGCUAUUCCGCUGCCAGAAUUGGAGAAUCUAAUGAUUCUGAUAGUGAUGCAUGCUCAGUUGGUAGUUGUAGUAUUUAUCAUGAGAGUCCUGAUAAAAUUUGUAGCUUUUCAGCCGAAGUUCAUUGUCAAGUACCUGAUCUUCUGUGCAGUGAUGCAGAGUCUUUUCAAGGUUCAGCAGAAGCACAUGAGGAGGAAAGCUGCCGUCUUUCUUCGGAGGACAAUGUUGCAGCAAGUAUUCAUGAGCUGGAGUUGCAUGCUUAUCGCUGCACAUUGGAGGCAUUGUAUGCUUCUGGUCCCUUGAGUUGGGAUCAAGAAGCAUUACUAACAAAUCUACGCAUCGCACUCCAUAUCUCAAAUGACGAACAUUUGACGGAGCUCAGGACUUUAAUUUCUGCUGGAACUGGUAUUCAUGUCAGUUGAUAAUUAAUUUCUCCAUUUUGGCUUUCUUUUUUAUGGUAGGACCACAUCCAUGUUUUGACUUGAGUAGCAUUGUAAAAGCAUGAAAAUAGGUGACACACUUGUUAAUUCUCUCUUGGUCGUUAACCUCCACCAUUAUAGACAGUUGGCCAAAUUUGUAACUAUGUUAUCUUGCCAUAUAUAUUCUUGGAAAGAAAUUGACUCAA